AUCAGGUUAGAGAAAUCAUGAGUAUGAGUGGCAGGACAGAGACAGGGGAUCAGCAGAAUCAUAAAGCUCAGAAAAGAACUCAAGAAGACAUUGAGGAGAACUGUGAUGUUUUUCAAGCUGGAAAUGGAAAAAGGAAACAAAGUGAAACUGUUGCUGAAAGCAGACAGUCACCAAGACACGCAGGUGCAACAGCAGCUAGAGACAGACACUCUUGUAUUUGCAGGUGUGAAUUAAGACAGGAAGUUGAAAAGUUGAAGGCAGAAAAGUAUAGGUUAGAAAUACAACUGUUGAAAAGAACGCUUGAUUCAGACAUAGGAGAUUCAGGCACAGGAGAGGAAUAAGAUAUCAACUAAUAAUUAUAAAGUCAUAGUAAAAAAAGCAGGUGCGGUUGUUGGAAAGUGGAUAAACUGACUAAUGAUGUGUGGCUGAUUUAAAGCAGCUAAUACUUCUGUGAUGGCCCUUGAUAUCGUUGGUUGAGAAACACCGUGGAUGUCGGCAUCAUUUAAUUGC